AUGUCCCACCUUUGGGAAAUUUGGAUGCACAUUCCUGAGAGGUUUUGCAGCAAAGCAAUUUCUAUCGAAUUGUUUGAGCACAUUAAUAAACAUCUAGUAAAGUACAUGGGGUCAAUCACGGAUUCACUGCCCGUUACUUGGGAGUAUGAAACACUAUGUUUCCAACGCGAUACGAGUUCCUGCAUUAACUCCCACUCGAUGUCUAUCGUUCGAGUGAUGGAACUUGGCGCAAUACAACCAUUAGAGAAUUUUGAAUUGUCGAUAGUUGCUUACGAGUCAAGCUCUGAAGAUUCGAGUGAAGACGACUCAAGCACCGAUAACAACGGUAAAUCUAGUAUUCUCAAGCGUAACGGCAAUAUAGGCUUGACCAAAUCACGCGGCGAGGACGACUCGAGUUCCGAAGAGUCGAGCUCGAGUGACGACGAUUCCAGUGUCGACAAUGACCAUGAAAAGGAGGUUUCCAAGAAUACUUCGACUACGAAAGUGAGCAAGAGUAAAGGGAAGGGAGGUACAAAAGAAGAGUCUAGUUCUGGUUCCGAAGAGGACUCGGAAGAAGAAUCCGAUGACGCGUCUUCAAGACAAGAAAAAAAAGUGGAAGCUUCUGAAGAAGACUCGAGUGAUGGUUCCAGCGAUGAUUCGAGUGAUGCUAAUGAGAGUUCUGAAGAAGAAACUGUUAAAGUUCGGACGAAUGAAAAAAAAAAAAAAAAUUGUGAUAAUGACAGUUCUAGUGAUGAUGGUUCCAGUUCAGAAGAGUCCGAUAGUUCUGAUUGUGAAGAAGAGAAAAUAAUCCAAAAUGAUAUUAAAAACCAUAAAAUUAGUAAUGGCAAAAAAAAGCAUGGUAGUGACUCAAGCUCCUCGGGGGAAGAUGAAUUGGUUGAUGAUGAUGAUGAGAAGAUUUCGGUAAAUCAGAAGCCUUCGACCAGUCAUAUCUCUCAAGGCCUAACUAAAUCUGAUGAAAGUUUCAAUGUUUCGGAGAGAAAUGGUGCAAAGAGAAAGGCAAACGAACCGAGUUCCGUCCUGUCCAAAAAACCAAAAAUCGAUGUUGACAGCUCACCAAGCUGUAAAUUGUUUAUAGGAAAUCUCGCAUAUAGUGUAGAUAAUGAUUCGUUAAGAGAAGCAUUUAAGGAUGUUGGAAAAAUUGUGGACGCGACGGUCGAAUAUGACACAUUAGGAAGAUCCAAAGGGUUCGGUUAUAUAGAAUUUGAAAGUUCUGAGGCCGCACAAGAAGCGCUAAAGUUAAGUGGCAAGGAAAUCGAUGGAAGACCAAUAAACAUUAAAAUGAACACUGUAAAUAAUAUGAGCGAACCCAGUGACACCAUUUUCGUUGGUAAUUUACCGUUUUCUGUCCCGGAAGAUGAUAUUUACGAAGUUUUCGGGAAUUGUGGUGAGAUCGUAUCUGUUCGACUUCCAACUCAUAGAGAUACGGGUGGUCGUAAGGGUUUCGGAUAUGUGACAUUUUCGAGUGUUGCUGCCGCUAAAAAGGCGAUGGAGUUGCACGGUACAAAAAUAGGAGGGCGUUCAAUUAAACUCGAUUUUGCUGAGAGUAAACCAAGUAACUCAG